AUGAGCUCGAGAACACAACAAGGUCAUUCCUCUGGACACACCGUGGCGAGAACACACUCCCGGAUGACCUCGCUCCCCCACACGGUUCCCGGUGAUGUGUCCGGUCGUGUUCUCCUCUGGGCUCCGGGCGGCGGUUUGACGGCGAGCAGGAGUGACGGUGUUAAGAGCAUUAACAUUUUCAGACCAGGACUCACUAAUCAGGAUGUUGUCUGUGGGAGGAGAGCGUCGUCGGAGCGUUGCAAUUUAGUGAGCGCUGGCAGCACCAACCGCACCAGCACCAACAGCACCAGCACCAACCGCACCAGCACCAACAGCACCGGCACCAACCGCACCAGCACCAACAGCACCAGCACCAACCGCACCAGCACCAACAGCACCGGCACCAACAGCACCGGCACCAACAGCACCAGCACCAACCGCACCGGCACCAACCGCACCAGCACCAACAGCACCAGCACCAACAGCACCAGCACCAACCGCACCAGCACCAACAGCACCGGCACCAACCGCACCAGCACCAACAGCACCAGCACCAACAGCACCGGCACCAACAGCACCGGCACCAACAGCACCAGCACCAACCGCACCGGCACCAACCGCACCAGCACCAACAGCACCAGCACCAACAGCACCAGCACCAACCGCACCGGCACCAACCGCACCAGCACCAACAGCACCAGCACCAACAGCACCAGCACCAACCGCACCAGCACCAACAGCACCGGCACCAACCGCACCAGCACCAACCGCACCAGCACCAACAGCACCGGCACCAACAGCACCGGCACCAACAGCACCAGCACCAACCGCACCGGCACCAACCGCACCAGCACCAACAGCACCAGCACCAACAGCACCAGCACCAACCGCACCAGCACCAACAGCACCGGCACCAACCGCACCAGCACCAACAGCACCAGCACCAACAGCACCAGCACCAACCGCACCAGCACCAACAGCACCGGCACCAACAGCACCGGCACCAACAGCACCGGCACCAACAGCACCGGCACCAACAGCACCAGCACCAACCGCACCAGCACCAACCGCACCGGCACCAACCGCACCGGCACCAACCGCACCGGCACCAACCGCACCGGCACCAACCGCACCAGCACCAACCGCACCAGCACCAACAGCACCGGCACCAACAGCACCAGCACCAACCGCACCAGCACCAACCGCACCGGCACCAACCGCACCGGCACCAACCGCACCAGCACCAACAGCACCGGCACCAACCGCACCAGCACCAACAGCACCGGCACCAACCGCACCGGCACCAACCGCACCAGCACCAACAGCACCGGCACCAACCGCACCAGCACCAACCGCACCGCACAGCACCAGCACCAACAGCACCAGCACCAACAGCACCAGCACCAACCGCACCAGCACCAACAGCACCGGCACCAACAGCACCGGCACCAACAGCACCGGCACCAACAGCACCGGCACCAACAGCACCAGCACCAACCGCACCAGCACCAACCGCACCGGCACCAACCGCACCGGCACCAACCGCACCGGCACCAACCGCACCGGCACCAACCGCACCAGCACCAACAGCACCGGCACCAACCGCACCAGCACCAACCGCACCAGCACCAACCGCACCAGCACCAGCACCAACAGCACCGGCACCAACAGCACCAGCACCAACCGCACCAGCACCAACCGCACCGGCACCAACCGCACCGGCACCAACCGCACCAGCACCAACAGCACCGGCACCAACCGCACCGGCACCAACAGCACCGGCACCAACAGCACCAGGAGAGAGAGAUUUCUAUUCUGACAUGA